GUAAGCAAGCUCCAGAAAGACCACCUAGGGCUGGUGAAAAGGGAGACAAGGAAAAACAUGUGGACACUGCUCUGGUGGUGAAACUACAGAAGAAGGUAAAGGAACUAGAGAAAGAGCGUCAGAGAUUGUUGAGAGAGUUGGAACGUAAGAGUGACUCCACUGAAACCUCACAGGAAUCAUCUUCUGAUGGCAUCUAUGAAACCAUUAAGAUCCAAGAGCUCGAGAUGGAGAACAGCCAUCUGAAGAAAGACCUAGCUAACAUGAGAGAGAGCAUAGCAAAGAGUGGGCUCUUUGAACAAGGAACUAAAGCAGUAAGAGAG